UAAUUUAUUUGUUUGGAACUAGUGGAUUUUAAUAUUUCGUUUGGCCAAUUUGACAAAGAAACCAGCAUGAGUGGGCAAGAAAAGGCAUUCGAAUUGCAGCGCCAGGUGCGCCAGAAUGCAAAGGAGUACGAGAACUCCGUGAAGGACCUGUAUUCGUGGGAGCAGGAUAUCAAGAAUAAGGAGAAGGAGCUCCAGAAAGCGCCAAAGUCAUCUGCCGCCAAUAAGGAUCUGCCGGUGCGCAGUCAUGGCAAGUCUGAGAAGCCCCAGAGAGACAGCCCCUCAUCCUCUGCGGCCAGCACGCCGACGGAGAAGCAAGAUCUGCCCGUAGAUCCUGUGGCCCAGCAGCACAAGAAGGCCAACGACAUGAAGGAUCGCGGUAACACCUAUGUCAAGCAGGCGGAGUACGAAAAGGCCAUCAUCGCCUACUCUACGGCCAUUGCCGUCUAUCCGCACGAUCCUAUAUUCUACAUAAACAGGGCCUUGUGCUACUUGAAGCAGGACCGUUUCGAACUCUGCGUUGACGAUUGCGAGACCGCUAUUGCGCUUGAUAAACUCUGCGUGAAAGCCUAUUACCGGCGAAUGCAGGCCAACGAAUCCCUGGGCAACAACAUGGAAGCCCUCAAGGAUUGCACCACUGUGCUGGCCAUCGAGCCCAAGAACAUCGAAGCCAAGAAGAGCCUGGCCAGGAUCAACGAACGCCUGCGCAAGAAUGCUACCAAAAGCGGACCAAACUUCACACCCGAUCGUCCUGGUGUGAUCGACAUCUUGCCAUUGGACAAGCCUGUUUACAAGCGCUCCAAGAAGGCAAUGCGCCGUGUACCCAUUGUGGAUGUGGUUUCUCCUCGUGGCACCAGCGAUGACACCAACAAAUUACGCAUCUCAGAUGAGGACAUAGAUAAGAUAUUCAAUAGUAAUUGUGGCUCUUUCGAAGAGGUAAAGAAGACUGAUGUUAAGCAGAAGCCAGUGCAACCAACUCCACCCAAAGCUGAGCCAAUUGUUGAGGCCAUCAAAGAAGCAAAGAAGGAAACCAAACAGAGUCCACCCAAAGCAUCUUUAGUCGAGGAGUCAUCCAAGGAAACAAAGAAGGACUUAAUAAGUAAGCCAGAAGCCGAUAAGAAAAUCGAACCAAGUCCAGCCAAAAAACCGGCAGUCGAGGUUCCCAAAGUUCAGAGUCCCGUCUCUUUACCAAAGACCACCCAACAACCGAGCACAGAAGUCAAGGCGGAAAUACUCAAAACCAGUCAAACUGAAAAGAUUGAAAAUAAUUUAAAAGAGAUAGAAAUGCCAGCCAGUACAACUGAGCGCGCCUUACCGCCUGCCCCCACAGGCACAGCCCAGUUCCAUGUCACCUGGAAGGAGUUAAGUGCUCCUCAGAAAUACCAGUAUCUAAAGUCGAUUGAAGUGUCGAACCUGUGCAAGAUCCUGGGAGCAGGCUUCGAUUCGGAUACGUUUGCAGACUUGCUGCACACUGUUCAGGACUACUAUGUACCAAAUAAGGAGCCAACCACGGCGGCUGUCCUUCUAGAGGUCAGCAAAAAUGACGAGUUUUCCAUUUUGGCCAUGCUCAUGUCAGCAGAGGAAAAGAAAAUGGUAACGUCUAUUUUCAAUGUCAUCAAGAACUGGCCCAUCAAAAACUCGGUGGACUUGGAUAAGCUCGCGAAGGCAUACGACGUGGCCUAAAACCAAAAUGUUUCAAGUUUAAAUGUACUUAUGUUGCUUCAAAUUGUUAGCUCAAAAUCCAACACUACAAAUAUAAUGAGGAUGUGUAGAUAGGAUCCCCAAUGUGUUACACAGAA